AUGCUGCGUAGUCCGAGUCCAUCUCGUCUGGUGAAUAAAGAUAGAGCGAUCAACACGGUUUCUUUCUAUCGUCCAACCAAGGAGGCGACGGAAACCAAGACGUUCGAGGUAUUUUGCGAAGGUGUAGUACGAGACUCUGGGUUCUUGCUUGAGGCCGUAGAGGCUCUUAUCAAGACUGCAAACAAGUUCAGGAUGAGACUUGGCCUGAAAACCUUCGGGCUGUUCCAUGAAGAUCUCAACAUCAAGUUAACCGUAGAUGAAAGCUGUUUUAACGUCCAUCUGUUCAAUCUCAUAGUCGAGGAUUGCUGCAAGCGUGAGCAGCAGUCGGAGACUUCCAUCCGUACGACAGAGCGGCAGCGUGCCCGUCAGACGCAUGCGGUGACCGCAUUGCUUCCUUAG